CACAAUAAACCACACAAUGACAUAUCCUAUACUGACUGACACAUAAGGACGUGCACGACAGCCAGCUGUUGGCGGAUAUCCAUGGUGAUAUCUCUUCGGAGGAAGGCGUGUCAUCUCUCCCAAUUACUAAGCGCCCCUUUGUCCUCUGUCUAUGCCCAGCCAGCCAGCCAGCGAUACUCAUGGCGGCUGCACCAGUCAAACAGCGCUCGGGAACGAGAGCUCAACUCCCUCCCUGCUACUACGAAGGAUACCUGGAAAAACGGGGACCGAAAGAAAAGAUCUCUCGGCGGCUGUGGACCUGUCUGUGUGGGAACACCCUCUUCUUCUUUAAUAAUGCCAAGGACACUCACUAUGUGGAGAAGAUGGAUCUCAGUGGCUUUGUCUCACUCAAAGACGACUGCAGCCGAGACAGAAACCUGGAGGCAGCUAGACUCAUACUGCGCAUGAAGGAUGGCGAGACAAAACUCACAGUUGCCAAUCUAGAGGCUCGAGAGCUAUGGAAGGGCUUCCUCCAAUCUGUCGUAGAUCUGAGUGUGCCUAGCUGUCUGACGUUGCUGCCGGGGCAGGUGCAGAUGCUGAGAGAGGUGGUGGACCGAGAAAGGAACAGACGCAGAGCAGCACGCACCCCCACCCGCGCUCCCCCCUCACCCCUAUCAGUACCUCUACUAGGGGAGAUCCCAUCGUGUUUCCGGCCUGUGUCGAGGACUGAGGCAGAAGUUCUGUUAGAGAGACAUCCAGACUGUGGCAACAUGCUGCUGAGGCCCGGCAGAGACGGAUCUUCGUUGGCUGUCACCACCCGCCAGGAUCUCAACGGGUCAGUGUUCAGACACUAUCGUGUGACUCAGAGGGAGCAGGGAGGAUAUGUGAUAGACGUUGAGAACCCAAUUCCCUGUGCUACGCUUCAUGAUGUCAUCGAUGCGCUGGUGGAGAAGACAGCAGGAACCCUUCAGCCCUUUCUUCUGGAGGAACCUUAUGAGGAGAACAUCACGUUUGUUUCGUCCAAUGAAGAGAAUGGAGAGAGAAUAUUACACUGUGCCCCUUCCAGCCCACUACCCAAAGCCCCCGCCCUACCCCCCAAACAAGAGCGAUGGAAACCCCUACCCAGGUCUCCCGCUCCUGACCGCCGUAUUCUGUCAGCUGUGACAUCACCAGUACCGUCAUCACCCAGCAGCCCAAUGAGACGGCUUGUUCUCUCCCCCUCCCCCCUCCUCGCACAAAGCCUCACAGAGGAGCUCAAAAUGAAACUGGAGAAGAGACGGACCAGUCAGGAUUGACUUCCUGUAAUUUCUCAGCCAACUAGCGGUCAAAACUCUUCCACCACCACCAGCAGCAGCAGCUUUCUUCUCUUCCUGUGCCUUCUGAUUGGUGGACUACAGAAUAGGUGGUCCUCAUGGAUCGCAGUCCUACAGUACCUUUCAAAGUGUUUCCCACCAUGUUUGGGUAACGCAUCUUAUCCACCUGAGUUGUGUUCAGCAGCCUAAAAUUGCAGCCUCAAAACAGUUUUCAAGAAGGGAUAACCAGUGGGGUUGAGCAUUAGAUGAGCACACAAAUACAAAGGACCAAUGACUGAGCCUGUCACUCCAUUGUUCCGAUUGAGCCAACGUGUCUGUUGUCCUGCUGCUGAUGUAACUGACGCCACACUGGAGACUAGAAAGAGUAACACCAAAAGCUUGAGAAACCAGACAAGAGAGAGAGAGACUAGAGCGGUAGUCACCAACCCUGGUCCCGGAGUGCUACUGGGUGUGUGUGCAGGCUUUUGUUCAAACCCAACACUAACACCUGGAUCAAUUAAUUGAAGUCUUUAUAAAUUAAAUCAUGUGUGUUAUCGCUGGGCUGGAACAAAAGCAUGCACACCUUGAACCUGUACAUCACUGCAGACCUUCCAGGUCCUGGGUUAAUGACUACUGGAUUAGAGAUAAACAUGUCUAGUUGUUUUUGUGCAUCUAGAAUGCCAAUGCUCUAAUCUAUUGUAUUAUGUUGGUGCAAUGACGGUAUGGUGCUCCACUUGACUAAACCUUCUCUACUGUGUGUGUCGUUGCUACAACUCACUUAAAACCUUAUUUUCUAGUGU